GGAGCCAAGAGCUGCACACUGCCAGUGACGCAAGAGGUGAGGGCACAGGCAGCAGCUGGAUGCCAGGUAUACUGGUGGCACUGCAUGCUUGGGCACUCUGCGGAGCCACGUCUGACAAACUGACGAGUCCUAGGGGAAAAGCAAUGGAGCCUGGACUUGGGGAGAACGCACAGCAGGUGGCACAGAUACAUUAUCAAUAUCAGGGAGUACACUGAAGGUGGAGGAUGCCAGUUAGUGGGAUGCCCCCUUUGGCACUUGUUUGCAGACACCCUCCUUACCCUCAGCCAGUGUAAAACACAUGCUGGCAGCAGACUUCGGUAAUUCCACACUGUGUGUGAUGAGAGCAGAGGGUGGGGAGUGGGGCAGAGCCUGUGUCCUGACUGCUGUAAGUUGUGGCUGGCACAGGGGGGUCCUGCACCCCUCACCCUGCAGGGCUGGGACUAUUAUGUGGGUGUUGCCUUUGGUUUUAUUUGAAAGGAAGUAGGGGAGAGUUUAGGUAGGAAAUGCUAAGGGAGGGGACUGGACUUGUAUAAAGGCAGUGAGUAAGUGAGACCUGUGAGGAGUUGUUAUGAGGAGAGGGGGGAGCCCCCAUGCUGCUGAGCUCAUGCUGAAUAACUUGAGUGACUGGGACAAGACUCGUCAGUAAAGUUACACAACUGCUUGGAGGAUCUUCAUCAGCUCUGAGGAGGAGGAGGAGGAGGAGGUGUCCUGCACUGGAGGUGUCCUGCAGCUGACCUGCCCCCUCACUCAAUGAGGACGAGUGCCACACAGGCUGCCCUGGGCACCAGCAGAUAGAUGGGGACUUGGUCCUGAGUGACACAUGGCCUGAUAGCGGCCCAGCCUUCCCUGUACUUAUCCUCCACGUGGGACUACACUCCAUCCUUCUAUUUACUGCUUGACGUGUGGACAUGGAGCUCCAGGUCCUGUGUGGAGCCUUAUUCUGGGUCCUACUGCCUCUAUCUCUCCUAGCAGCCUGCCUGUUUCGUUACAACUUAUUGUCCUUGAUCUACCUGUUAUUCCUGCUACUAUUACCAUGGUUCUCUGGUCCAUCUGCACACAGCAUGAGAGGUCAUACUGGCCGUCUCUUAAAAUCGCUCCUGGCCAUCAGCAUCAUCUUCAUGUGUUCACAUCUUAUAUUUCAACUCUGCCUUCAUACAGUACCAGGACUGGAUGACCUACUAGGACACAACUGCAGUGACUGGGAAGUUCUCGCCCGCCAUGUUGGUGUCACCAGGUUGGAUAUCUAUGACAUCCCCAAUACAGUGCGAAUGGUGUCGCCAGAUAUUGGUAUGUUCCUGGUGUCAGCUAUAUGCCUCGGCUUGUGCAAUCGCUUGGUGCGGCGGCAGAACUCUCAGACACCACGCGAAAGGCUUAGCAGGUCAACAGACUUCACAGAGCAGGUAGAAGAGGAACACAAGGCAGAAAUGGCUGGAGGUGAAGACCCUGAGGAAGAAGAGGAUAAUGAGGGCAUUCAGAUGGCCCCACAGGAUGGGGUAUUGACUUCACGGAUCAGGGAGGCUGCCCACAAACUAAUUGAAGCCAUAGGAAAAUCACUGGCUCUCUUGCUGCUGGCACUGGCAGGCAUAACUGUGCCUUCUGGCUUUUCGGCUGUCUAUUAUUUAGCCUUUAUUGGCCUGUGCACAUGGUGGGCAUGUCACUUCCCCAUCAGCUAUGUGGGUUUAAACACCCUCAGUGUCAUGGUUGGCUUUUUUGCGGGUGGUCACAUUAUCUGUCUGUAUGGCUACCAGUCUCCAUUCAUUCAAAACAUUUUCCCUCCAUUGGAGUUGUGGGCAAGGCUUUUUGGUCUGAAAGACUUUAUUGUCCACACCAAUUGCACAGGCAGUGUUGAUGACCUCAUUCUUAACCAGAAUCAUGACUGGCCAAUAUAUGUCAAUCCAGGAAUAUUACUUCUUUUAUACUAUUCAGUAAUCUCCCUACUGAAGCUGAAGAACCCUAACACAAAAAGGAAGGUGGAUGGAGAAGAAAUAGGAGGGGGCCCCCAGAAGUAUCCACAAGAAAACAUGGAAAUGGCAGAAGUCGAGGAGACAAAGCCUAUGUUAUCAGAGACGAGCGAAGCCGCAGAAGUUGAUCCGAAGGACUGCACAGUUCAUGACAUGCAACCAGAGUCCAAAAAGAUCCCUACAGAUUCUAAACCAGGUGCCUCCAAAGAGCAGUCAACUCUUCACCUACUGGGUAACGUCAUCCUCAACCAGAGCUAUAUAUGUGCAUUGAUUGCAAUGAUGGUAUGGAGCAUCACUUAUCAUAGCUGGCUGACAUUUGUUCUACUGCUCUGGGCCUGCCUAAUCUGGAUGGUUCGCAGCCGACGGCAGUUUGCUAUGGUGUGUUCUCCCUUCAUCCUCCUGUAUGCAGUGACGCUCUGCAGUUUGCAGUAUGUCUGGAGCAUGGACCUAGAGAAUGAGCUACCCAAACAACUAGGAUUUAUGAGGCUUUCCCAGCUGGGUCUUGCCCGGGCCCCUUACCCCUGCCUCAACCUAGGAGCCAUGCUUUUGUACACAUUGACUUUCUGGCUCCUACUCAAUCAGUUUGUCACUGAGCAACUUCUCAAACGAAAGAGGGUGACAGCUGCUCUUGUAGAGGUGGCUGUGCCGGAAUCUGGUCAGUCCACAGAGAAAACCCUGCUGAAAUGUUUUGGAGACCAGGUGAUGAGUUUCUAUGCCAAGUACUGGAUAUAUGUCUGUGGAGGGAUGUUCAUAGUGGUCAGCUUUGCUGGACGCCUUGUGGUUUAUAAAAUUGUCUAUUUGUUCGUUUUCCUUCUCUGCUUGAUCAUCUUCCAGGUGUAUUACGCAUUGUGGAGGAAGCUGCUGAACUUUUUUUGGUGGCUGGUGGUGGCUUACACAAUGCUUGUUCUCAUCGCCAUCUACACUUACCAGUUUGAAGAUUUUCCUGUGUAUUGGAGAAACCUGACUUCCCUCACAGAUGAGCAAUUGAGUGCUAUGGGGCUUGAGCAGUUCAGUGUGUCAGAACUUUUCACCAGUAUCCUUAUACCUGGCUUCUUCCUCCUUGCGUGUAUUCUUCAGCUCCACUACUUUCACCGGCCAUUCAUGCACAUCACAGAUAUUGCUCGAGCUUCAUCACUUGCGAAUGCAACUUAUAAGAACAAUAGUGAACAAAAGGAGGAAGAGGAUAAUGCGGCCUCUGCCAGUGAAGAAGAGGAAGAGGAGUGUCUAGAAGAUGAAGCUAUGUCUGAAGUUACCCUCAGCAAGUGGGAUUUGGUUGCUCAGCGUCUCACAGUUCUAUACUACAAGUUCUCAGAGCUUCUACACCAGGUGCAAGUUUUCCUAUGGCGGCUACUUGAGCUCCAUGUAAUGAAGCUUGUGGCUCUCUACAGUAUUUGGGUGGCCCUGCAUGAGGUAUCUGUGAUGAAUUUUCUCUUUGUGAUUCUGUGGGCAUUCGCAGUUCCAUUCUCUCGCUUCCACCACAUGGCUUCCUGCCUCUGCACCAUAUGGACAUCCAUAAUUAUUGUCUGCAAGAUGCUUUAUCAACUCACCAUAGUAAAUCCUGAGGAUUACUCUGUGAACUGCACACAGCCGCUUCCUAAUGGCACCAGUCUCCUGGAGGAAGAAAUCCAGAACUCAACAUUGUACCGUGGACCAGUUGAUCCCGCUAAUUGGUUUGGAAUUCGCAAAGGUCAUCCUAAUUUGGGGUACAUCCAGAAUCAUUUGCUGAUUCUUGUCUUGCUGACAUUUGAAGCUAUUGUGUACCGCCACCAAACCUUUUACCGUAAACGCUACCAACUAGAGGUACCACGCAACCAGACGGUGUUUCCAGAUGUGUGGCGAGAACAUCUUGAUCAGAGUCUACUCAACUGCAUCAAAUAUUUUAUCAACUAUUUCUUCUAUAAGUUUGGCCUGGAGAUCUGCUUCCUUCUAACUGUGAAUGUUAUUGGCCAGCGAAUGAACUUCAUGGUUAUCUUCCAUGGUUGUUGGCUGAUUGUAAUCUUGACCCAACGUCAGAGAGGGAAGAUCGCUAAAGUGUGGCCAAAGUACUGCGUGUUUCUUAUCUUCUUCCUGCUCUGGCAGUACCUGCUCUGUCUGGGUAUGCCACCUGUGCUUUGUAUAGAAUAUCCCUGGAGAUGGGACAAGUUUGUUCCUGUAAACUCUGCUUUGAUAAAAUGGAUGUUUCUUCCAGACUUCUACACUCCUCCCAAUGCCACCAACUUAUUCAGUGACUUUCUCCUGCUGCUGUGUGUGUCCCAACAAUGGAAAGUAUUUGUUAAUGAAAAGAAAGAGGGGUGGUACACUGUUGCUGGAGAAAACACAGAACAAAUAGAAUUUCCCGGUGACAGACCCAAUUUGGUCCCAAACUUUAUUAACUGUCGGUCUUAUCUGGACAUGCUGAAGGUAGUGGUUUUCCGUUACCUGUUCUGGUUUGUCCUGGCAAUUGUGUUCAUCACAGGAGCUACUAGAAUCAGUGUGUUUGGACUUGGUUACUUGAUGUCCUGCUUUUACCUUCUUCUUUCUGGCACGGCUCUCCUGCAAAAGCCUGUGAAAGCCAGACUGGUGUUAUGGGACUGUUUGAUCAUCUAUAACAUUACAGUCAUACUGUCCAAAAACCUUUUGUCGCUCUUAUCUUGCGUGUUUGUUCAACAAAUGCAGAACAACUUUUGCUGGGUUAUACAGCUAUUCAGCCUGGUGUGCACUGUGAAGGGCUACUACAAUCCUAAGGAAAUAGACAAAGGUCAUGACUGUCCGCUGCCUGUAGAAGAAGCUGGUAUCAUCUGGGAUAGCAUUUGCUUUUUCUUUCUCCUUCUGCAGAGAAGAGUCUUCCUCAGCUCCUACUUCUUGCAUGUGGUUUCUGACCUUAAAGCUUCCUCCCUGCAAGCCUUCAGAGGAUUUGAACUCUUCAUGGCAAGUAUUAGGAAAAACAUGGAUUUCCGCCACGAUACAGAGAGACGAUCACUUAGUCAGCUCAAAAAACAAAUGGAAAGAAUUCGAGCCAAACAGGAGCGUUAUCAUCAAGGAAGGAAGCAGAGUGAAACAGACCAGGAAAAUACAGGUGGGAAAGAUGUCGCUAAAAAGGGCUCAUCCAAAAAAAAGAUUCACUGGAGUCGCCCAUGGUUAGACCAUGCUUCAGUUCUGCAUUCAGGAGAUUAUUAUUUAUUUGAGUCAGACAGCGAGGAAGAAGAAGAUUCUGCACUUGAGGAGCAGAGACCACCUAAGCAGAGUGCCUUUCAGUUGGCAUAUCAGGCAUGGGUUACCAGUGCCAAGACUGCACUAAAAGAACGAAAAAGACAACAGAGACAGAGGUCUGAAACAGAGAAGAUUAGACCAGUGGUGAAGAAAGGAGCAUCAUCAGAGGAAAAAGAAGGGGAGCCAGCAAUUGAGAGUCAAGAGGAACCAUCCACUGAAAUGGGAGAGGAGAUUCCAGAUGAGGAGCAGGGUGGAAGUAAUGUGGUACAACGAAUACUUGACAUAUUGAAGUUUCUUUGGGUCCUCUUUCUUGCCAUGUUAGAUGGUCUCAUAGACUGGCUGGGCACACUAACCAAGCAGUAUGUGGACAUGUCAACUGUGUUGUGGGUUGAGAGAUACAUUUUAACCCAAAAGUUGUCAAAAGGUGAGGAUGUGACUCGAAAGGAUCUCUCUUCCCUCUAUGAGACUGGGCAGGACAAGAAAGGACCUGGCACAUCUUCUCUGCCCACUGGAACUACCUUUGAUAAGGGAGUUGAUUCACAGGCUAGCAUGGGCUCAAGUGGCUGUGAGGAAGAGGAGGGCCUCAGCAGCAUGGCAGACUGUACCGACAUAAUCACACCAGUCAGUACAGGGUACCACACGCGCACUAAUAGUAUGGAGAUGGUCGGCUGGGAGGAGAGUCCAUCAGAUAAAGGUUCACUGGAAAUCCAGCCAGCAAAACGUUCUCGUACUGCCAGCGAACUAUUGUUCUGCAGGCCACUCACUUCCCUUGAACUCUCGGACUCGCAAAAUUUCUUCAGGUCACAGAGCCGGCCAUUAAGACUUUUGUUUGCCCUCUACCACUUAGUGGCAGCACACUCUGAAUUACUUUGCUACUUCAUCAUCAUCCUCAACAACAUGGUGAGCGCAUCGCUCAUCUCGCUCUUCCUUCCUGUUCUUGUUUUCUUGUGGGCCAUGCUGUCCAUACAUCGGCCAAGCAAACGUUUUUGGAUGACUGCUAUUGUUUAUACAGAGAUAAUGGUGGUGAUUAAAUACCUCUGUCAGUUUGGCUUUUUCCCAUGGAAUAGUGAUACGGUGCUUUUGCGCUAUGAUGGGAAACCAUUUUUCCCUCCCCGCAUUCUUGGGUUGGAGAAGAGCGACUCCUACAUCAAAUACGAUCUGAUCCAACUUCUCACCCUUUUCUUUCAUCGAUCUCUGCUUAUGAGCUAUGGAUUAUGGGAUCCUAAGGAUUUAGAACCUGUAGAGAAGCCUCAGAAAGAAAAGGAGAGUGAGACUGAAAUCCAGUUAUCUGCAGAUUCAGAUCUCAAGGGAAGCACUAGCUCCUUAUUACGUCGACGUAAGAGAGGAGACUCUCAGACAACUGAGACAGACAAAGAUGCAGCAAAGGAGAAGCAACCAGAUUCGGAUAAGAAAAAAAAGAAGCCGGCAGCAGUGAGAAUGAAGAUGGUUGGGAUGAAGGUUGAGAACUUCUUCAUUCGCAUGGCACAGGGAGUGUACAAGCCAGUGAAAGCUUUUUUCCAUGACAUCCUUCAUACAAAGUACCGUGCGGCCACUGAUGUGUAUGCUCUCAUGUUCCUCGCUGAUGUGGUGGAUUUUGUCAUCAUAGUCUUCGGAUUCUGGGCAUUUGGAAAACAUUCAGCAGCUGCAGACAUAACAUCGUCACUUUCUGAUGAUCAGGUUCCUGAGGCCUUCCUUGUUAUGCUUCUGAUCCAAUUCUCCACUAUGGUGAUAGAUCGAGCUCUGUACCUCCGAAAAACAGUACUUGGAAAAUUGAUCUUUCAGGUGAUACUGGUCAUUGGUAUUCAUGUAUGGAUGUUUUUUAUCCUACCAGCAGUUACGGAAAGAAUGUUCAGUCAGAACACAGUGGCACAGCUGUGGUAUUUUGUGAAAUGCAUCUACUUUGCCCUGUCUGCAUAUCAAAUCCGCUGUGGAUACCCAACCCGCAUUCUAGGCAACUUCCUGACCAAGAAGUACAACCAUGUAAACCUCUUCCUCUUUCAGGGAUUCCGCCUGGUCCCAUUCUUAGUGGAACUACGGGCUGUCAUGGAUUGGGUGUGGACGGAUACCACCCUCUCUUUGUCCAACUGGAUGUGUGUAGAGGACAUUUAUGCAAAUAUUUUCAUUAUAAAAUGCAGUCGUGAAACUGAAAAGAAAUACCCACAACCUAAAGGACAGAAGAAAAAGAAGAUGGUGAAGUACGGCAUGGGUGGUCUGAUCAUUGUUUUCCUCAUCUGUAUUAUUUGGUUUCCCUUGCUCUUCAUGUCUUUGGUGCGCUCUGUUGUGGGAGUUGUCAACCAUCCUAUUGAUGUGACCGUAACCUUCAAGCUGGGAGGAUAUGAGCCACUUUUUACCAUGAGUGCUCAGCAACAAUCCAUUCAACCCUUUACUCCUCAGGAAUAUGAGAAGCUCACCAGUGAAUUUGAUAGGCAGCCGACUGCCAUGCAGUUCAUUACCCUGUACAGUUAUGAGGACAUAGUGACUGCACAAAUAGAGGGGAACUCUGGCUCUGUAUGGGGGAUAAGUCCACCAAGCAGAGAGCAGAUGAGGAAGGAACUCAAGAACGGAUCGUCUGCUAUUACACUUAGAUUUACCUGGGACUUCCAGAGGGACUUGGCAAAAGGAGGCACUGUUGAGCACACAUCAGAAAAACAUACUAAGGACUUGGAGCCAGGAAGUGAGGAGCGCAUGCAGCUGGCGGAACUCUUAGAAGGCACGCGAGAUAAGGCAGUAUCUGUCCCACACUUGUUUCCAAAAUAUUUGCGAGCCCCCAAUGGACCAGAGGCAAAUCCUGUGAAACAGCUGCAGCCAGUUUUCUCACGUGUCAAUGGUGGACACAAGUGUAAAUGUCGAAAAGCAGUCCUCGCAGGACUCCAAACCCCCCAGUCAUGAGAUCCACACUGCAGAAGAUCGUGCCUAGACAAACAACAACAACAUAUGAUGCCAGGCAUGUGAUGACUAAGAACCAUGCCCUAUCCUCCCUGAUUUUCCUUAGAACUCUGGAAAAGAGACUGAUUGGUAGAAAAGGUGUAAAGAAGACCCCUUCUCCAAGAUAGGGCAUCUACUUCUAAGGGAUGGCCCCCUAGACAAAGGAAAUAAAACCUGUCCACCUUUCUGUUCCUUCUCGUGGCAAAUAGAUCUGUAUUUAGGUGAUGCCAUAGGCUGCAUAUUUGGCAAAAUCCUGACCAGGAGAAGCCUUAUUUGACCUGGUUCAGCUUAUUAUACCUGCUCAGAAUCCUCCCUUAAAUUAUCUGUCCCUUUGACAUGAAGGGCUGUCAGUGAGCGGAUAUAGAUUUCUGAAAACCUGAAGUUAAAGGGGGUACUCCGGUGAAAAACUUUAUUUUUAUUUAUU